AUGAACACUGCUGCUCUUACUCCCAAUCAAUCGCAUGCUCAUAGCCAACAGACUCAUGACCAUGGUCGUGAUUACGCAGCUUACAUACGCCCUGAUCCGUAUGCCGCAGAACGCCUCACGGCACAGGAGGCUAUGAAGGGUAUGAGGAUUAGUGAGGCAUAUCAGAGUUAUCGAAGAAGACCCAGUGAUACUGAAGCAACCUAUGGUGCUUCGCGUAUUGAUCGGCGCCUAGCGGCCCGUACACAAAGCAUACGAGAGAACUACAAACAGGGCUCUCAUGUCCAACACGAUCAAGAAUCUUAUACUGCACCAACACAGCGGCAGCAGUUUCACAACCAAAAGGCUCCUAUCCCCUCGUCAUCCUCCAACGACAACAGCCCAUCUACCUCUGUCUCCAUCCCUCAGCCGUCUUCUACUGGACGUCAAUCAAAACUUAGCAAUACAUGCAUUAGCAGCAAGGAUUCUUUUAGGCGCAAAUAUGGUGAGAUCCAAGGAUAUACCUAUAUUGGCACUAUUGGCCAAGGUAAUUUUGGUAAAGUUCUGCUUGCAGAAAACGACAUCACUAGAGAGCAGGUUGCCGUCAAAAUUCUGGAAAAGUCGCAAUUUAAGAGUGAGCAACAGCGCUUACAUGCGACAAGAGAAGCACGUCUGAUGGCGACGCUACGACAUCCUUAUAUUGUUGACGUGAAAACUGUAAUGGAAGACGACUACAGAAUCUUAAUUGUUAUGGAGAAUUUGACUGGAGGAGAACUCUUCGACUACAUAUCCAACAAAGGAUCGCUUGAAGAGAAAGAGGCCCGCCGUAUUUUUCAUCAAAUCGUCCUUGCUAUUCAUUACUGUCAUGAGAACAACGUUGUCCAUCGUGAUCUCAAGCCUGAAAACAUUCUUCUAGAUAGCGAAAAGAACGUACGCGUAGCUGAUUUCGGAUUCGGCAACAAUUGGCAUAAGGACCGCCACUUGACCACUUACUGUGGCUCACCCUUCUAUGCAGCACCAGAGAUGGUUAGCGGUACACCUUACAUCGGUCCCGAGACUGAUGUCUGGAGCCUCGGGGUAAUCCUGUACGUCCUUGUCUGUGGUCGCCUCCCCUUCGAUGCUAGCGAUUUACCCGCGCUAUUUGCACAGAUUAAACGCGGAAACUAUCAGAAGCCUCGGGAGGGCUCCAUCGAUGUCUGCUCCUUGAUCCAUCGCAUGUUAACAGUCGAUCCCAAACGUCGUGCUACCUUAACAGAUGUUCUUCGAUCCCGUUGGAUGCGUGCUGAAGCCACGGACUCUAUGGUGAGCUCACUUCCCGCCCUCUCUACAACCCCUGCCACUAUUCAUCCUGCACCUGUUCGUGCCCAACAACAACAGCUGCAAAAUCACCAGAGCCAAUUACAGACAAGGUCGACAGCACUUCCUACUUAUCAUCCCAACAAUGAUAUCAGUAAGACAAUCCCUCCAACGAUCCCAACAAUCAGCACUAACACUGGUCAUACGCAAAACAACACCCGUCAUUCCUACCACCCUCCUGGUACUCAAGGAUUGAGGCAACAGGGGGCUGCAACUGCAUCUCAAUACCAUGCACGAACCCAGAUGACUGCACCUCUCAAUCUUCGUGAUAGCGAUGGCCAAAUGAGUGACGUUUUGCCCUCGCCGGUUAGUUCCCCAACAGAGACUAUGGCUACAAUUUCUCCUAGCACUCCUAUAGGGCCUGCAUCAAGAGACGAAGCUCUCUCUGCUGCUGCUGUUGCCAACGCUAAUGCAAAUGCUAACGGAAAUGGUAACAAUUGCGUACAAUCAGUCUGUCAAAAACGAGCCAAUGCUAUCAGCCCCAACACAUGUGAUGACAGCAAGCAUCAACACCACCCUUACAAGCAUCACCCCACCCGAACCGGCUCUGCACAAGGUCCUGUUGACAAUGUCAUGAUCAGUCUGUGCCCUUCCAACGAUGCACUAAUGGAUGGCUUUGAUGUCUCUACAAAGAAGAAGCGCAAGGCUCUAACCAAGCUUCGUCAAUUCUUUCGCUUCGAGACCAAUAGCAAUUCUACAAAGUGCUGA